AUGGACUCCUACCAGCUCCCCGCGCAACGGCCUCGCGCCCCACCUCGAAAUGCGGAGCUCAAAUUCUUCGGAAUUCUCCAAUUGUCCUUCCCCAACUUCCUCCCGCCUUCCAAGACUUUCGAGACUUGCAGUCACAUCUCGAUACCAUCACGCUUGUCGCGUAUUCGUCCGAGCUCGAGAAACACGCGCCAUGUUUCCAUAGCAGGGGCGUUUAUCUUCCCCUCUGAAAUCGACGGUGACGUACCUGGCCGGCAUUAG